AUGGUUCCUGAAAACAUUGUUAGGAAUGGAAAUGUAUACGAUUAUGAAGGUGGUGAUGUUUAUGUUCCCUUCUCAUUCAAUACUAUCCUCAAGUACUUCAACAGAAAGAAACAAGGGCAAGAAGAGGUUGAUUGUGAUUCUGACUAUAGUGAAGUCGAUUGUGAUUCUGAUUAUGAAGAUGACUGUGAUUCUGAUGAUGAUUGGUUUUUCGAUGAUUUGGAUUAUGAUUCUGAUGGGUAUGAUACUGAUUAUGAAGGAUAUCAAUUGCAACAUAGAGAUAAAGGUCCAUUGAGCAGAUUCUUCAACAAGAAAAGAAUCAAUCAGAAACCUUUGGUUAGAGGAUUAAAACAAUUGACUAAUAAAACCAUGGACCCAUUUCGAGAAUUGAGUUCCGAAAUGAAUUUGGAUACUUUUGAUACUGAUCAAAUAAACAGAGCUUGGAACAAGUUUUAUCAUUUGUUUGCUCCGUUCAAGCAUAAGUUGUUGAAAGCUGUCAAUAAAAUGGCUGACGUAUCUAUGGAAAAUAAACCUAAACUGAGAAGUACACUGAAAAGUAAACUGAAAAGUAACCAUAGAACUAAACUGAAAGAAAAGAAGUUGAAACUGAGCACAUCUGAUCUGUACAUCCAAGUCACCAAACAAAGUCUUGAGCCAAAUAAAAACUUCAAUCAUUCAACCCACAACACCACUAUCUUGAAUGAUUCUUUCACAUUGAACUCCACUUGUGCCAAUGAUACUCAAAUUCACUCCUCAAGAUUUAACUUCUCAAAUUUCACUAACUUUACCAGUCUUUAUGAUGACUCAGCUUCUCCAACCAUUGUCCCCCUUAUUAUAACUAUCCUUAUAAUGGUUUCCCUUUAA